AUGUCCCCUGCCAUUGCCCUGGCAUUCCUGCCACUGGUGGUGACACUGCUGGUGAGAUACCGACACCAUUUCCGACUGCUGGUGCGUAUGGUCCUACUGAGGAGUUUCCGAGACAGCCUGUCAGGGCUUCGAGUUGAGGAGCGGGCCUUCAGCUAUGUGCUCACCCAUGCCCUGCCUGGAGACCCCGGGCACAUCCUCACCACUCUAGACCACUGGAGCAGCUGCUGCGAGUACCUGAGCCACAUGGGCCCUGUAAAAGGUCAACUUGUGAUGCGGCUGGUGGAAGAGAAGGCCCCUGCUUGUGUGCUGGAGCUGGGCGCCUACUGCGGAUACUCUACACUGUUUAUUGCGCGUGCCUUACCCCCUGGGAGUCGCCUCCUCACUGUGGAGCGGGACCCACGUACAGCAGCAGUAGCUGAGAAACUCAUCCGGCUCGCUGGCUUCCAUGAGCAAAUGGUGGAGCUCAUUGCAGGCAGCUCGGAAGAAGUGAUCCCACGCCUGAGCGCUCAGCACCAGCUGAAUCGGGCAGAUCUGGUGCUCCUGGCACACAGGCGACGAGAUUACUUAAGGGAUCUGCAGCUACUGGAGGCCCAUGCUCUGCUCCCACAUGGUGCCACCGUAUUGGCUGACCACGUGCUCUUUCCUGGUGCACCCCGCUUCCUACAAUACACCAAGAGCUGCGGUCGCUAUCGCUGCCGCCUCCACCACACCAGCCUCCCAGACUUCCCUGCCAUCAAGGAUGGCAUAGCCCAACUCACUUAUACUGGACCUGGCUGA